AGUCAGUUAACUUAUUUUCCCAAAGUAUCAGAAUCAUAAUACAAUUGAAAUAAAAGUGUCUUUUUGAAAUACAUUUAUAUUUCGUGAGUUCUUCGUAACAGUUUUGAGUGCGUGUUACACAUGUGCCUGUUCUAUUAUGUAUACAUAAAGGAACCUUCGAUAUUUCCGGUUUGCACGUGUAUUUGGUACCCCUGUGCCAUCACUACACGUAAAUGCAUUUAAAUAAUAUAAAUAAUUAAGGUGUAAGUAAGGUGUGCACUUACUUUAAACCGAUCAAUCUUACUCUGGAGUUCUUCUUAACUUGAAACAUUUUUAUUUAAAUGUUUUUCGCGAUACAAUUCGAGAUCGAUACUGCAAUUGUUCUUGUGUCGUUCACGUGCUCUUUGACUGUGCUAACGAGCCGAUAAAUACCGGGAACACAUAAAUAUACGUGCAUAUAUUUUAUUUACCGACAAUUUAUUUAUCGGAUCCUCAUUCUGUGGGUUUUAUUAUUUUUAGUUGCAAGUUUCAAGUGUCGAGUUUUAUUGUAUUGUUUUAAUGUUAAUGUUGAUGUUAAUAAGUUUUGUUCAAAUUUUCUUUUGUCAUUUGUUUUGAUGAAAGUCUGAAGGAUUCAAUCUCUUUAUCCAGAUACCACAAGAUGGGUCUGGUAGAACGGGAGAACCAGAUGCAAGAGCUGCAGAGACCAGGGAGGUCGAGAGAUCUCUUUGGCGUCCAGCUUGAGGUUACUUCUUUACUGCUGGAAGGUGAAAGAAGGAAACUAGCUGUCCUUCAAAGAGAACUGCAGGUAGCUCUUGCCGAGGGAGGAAGCGUAAAAGUGAAAGAAAAGCAGCGACAAGAACUAAUCCACGCAAUCUCGAAAAUCCAGGGCCAGCAUGAACAACUGGAUAAAGAAUAUCGUAUCCACGCAGCCGGAGUUAUUCUCAGCAACACUCGGGGCUCUGGGAAGAGCAACGAGGAGGAACUAAACAGAGAAAAAAUUUAG